AUGCGCGGGCCGGAGAACGAGCCCAUUUUCUGCAUGAAGUCGCAGGCUCCGAUGCCCAUGUGCCUCGCCUCGGAGAGCUCCAACGGACCCAGAAGGAGUUCAGCAUCAUCAAGAAGUACGCCCUCCCAGAGGACGAGGCACACAUCGAGGCUGCAAGUGGAAGGCCACGAGGGGGUGGUCAACGUGUUUCAGCAGCUGGAGGACAUCAUCCAAGAACUCUCCGGAAACAAACGGGAAGACGACGACGUGAAAUACCAAAUCGCCGGUCGGAGCUGGAUGGAUUUGAAGACGGGCUUCAGCAAGAUCCAAAAGGCCCUGCAGCAGGACAUCAAAGAUGGCAACGCCUCCAGCAAGAUGCGGGGCGUCGUCAUGGAUCUGGAGGAGGGCAAGAAGUUCAUCGAAUAUUUGCUGCAGGAGAAGUACGAUGUGAACGACUUCAUGCGGUACAUUGAUCGAGCUGUGCAGAGCCGCUGGGUGCACUACAGGUACUUGGAAGAGACGGCUUCACGGAACAACCAGAUCCUCAAGUCCAGGGAGUCUUACCUGAACAACUUGAAGGAGACGCUGCAGGAGGUGUGUAAGGCCAGCAUGGACUGCGCGUGCCCGAGCCGCAUCACCAUGGCUGCGGCGCAGCGCUCAGAGAAGAUCGCCAUCUUGCGGCUGCGGCGCAUCAAGCAGCGCAUUCGCAAGACCAAGCCCACGCCGGGGCAGAAGGUGCUGGAUCUCAUGGGCAACGAUGAAGACCGGGACAAGACCAAGCUUCAGGAGUUGAAGGAGUCGGUGAUCCCAACUCAGACCUUCUCUGUGGGGCAGCUGGAGUCCAAAGGUGUGGUGGUCCGCAUGCACGAGAAGCUGGCUCCAAAGACCAGGAAGCACCUGAACUUCACCUUCUCGAUGACCGGGGAGGGCUUCAACGUGCAGGUCUUCCUCAAGACCACCUUGCUCAAGGAGUUCGGCAUCUCGCGGCAGCAGAUGGAGGACUUGGAGGUCCCAAGCCCAGCAACAGCCACAAGCCGAAACAUCGAAACCGGGGCAGAUGAACGGUGA